UCAGAGUGGGUCAACCCCAGUCACAGAGACCCAACAAGUCAUUUAGGACUUCAAGGGUCACCACGACCUCCAGAGGAGGAGAGAGCCGAGGAGAUCCACGUGUGGCUAUGGCGUCUAACAGUCUUUUCAGCUCGGUGACUCCGUGUCAGCAGAACUUUUUCUGGGAUCCGAGCACCAGCCGCAGGUUCAGUCCGCCGUCCAGCAGCCUUCAGCCGGUGGCGGGGAAGAUGAGCGAUGCGCAGCAGGAGCAGAACGCGGCGGUGCCGAGACUCCGACAGCACGACAACCGGACGAUGGUGGAGAUCAUCGCGGACCACCCCGCCGAGCUCGUGCGGACGGACAGCCCCAACUUUCUGUGCUCAGUGCUGCCGUCUCACUGGAGGUGCAACAAAACUCUCCCGGUGGCGUUUAAGGUUGUUGCUCUGGGAGAUGUUUCUGAUGCGACGGUGGUGACAGUUAUGGCAGGAAAUGACGAGAACUACUCGGCAGAGCUGCGGAACGCCUCAGCUGUCAUGAAGAAUCAGGUGGCGCGUUUCAACGACCUGAGAUUUGUUGGCAGGAGUGGAAGAGGAAAGAGCUUCAUGCUGACAAUCACAGUAUUCACGAACCCACCGCAAGUGGCUACUUACCACCGAGCCAUAAAGGUCACAGUGGACGGACCGCGGGAGCCGCGAAGACACAGACAGAAACUGGAAGACCCCCCUAAACCGCCGCUGUUCUCAGAGCGCCUGAGCGAGUUAGAGCGUUUACGCCAGACCAGCAUGAGAGUUGCCGUGCAAACCCAGAGUCCCCGGCCGUCUCUCAACGCCACGCCGAACUCCUUCAAUCCGCAGGGGCAAACUCAGAUCUCAGAUCCGCGGCAGGCGCAGUCCUCUCCACCCUGGUCCUACGAGCAACCGUACACUCCUUACCUGAGCCAAAUGACAUCUCCAUCCAUCCACUCCACCACCCCGCUGUCCUCCACCCGCGCCACGGGCCUGCCCACCAUCAGCGACGUGCCAAGACGCCUCUCAGGUACGUCGGAUCUCAGUCCGUUCUCGGCCGACCCGCGGCAGUUUGAACGUCAAUUUCCCGGUCUGUCCUCCCUCACAGAUACCCGUUUCCCCAGUCCCAGAAUGCACUAUCCUGCGACGUUCACGUACACCCCUACGCCGGUCACCUCGGGCAUGUCUCUGGGCAUGUCCAGCACCACCCACUACCACACCUACCUGCCUCCACCGUACCCCGGCUCCACCCAGAACCAAAGCGGGCCCUUCCAGACCAGCAGCACGCCGUACCUCUACUACGGCGCCUCGUCCGGGUCGUACCAGUUCUCAAUGGUGCCGGGCGGUGAUCGAUCCCCCUCCAGGAUGCUGCCGCCUUGCACUAGCGCAUCCACCGGCAGCACCCUCAUCAACCCCAACUUGCCCAAUCAGACGGACGGAGGCGAGGCAGACGGCAGCCACAGCAGCUCGCCAACCAUUCUCAACUCCAGCGGCAGGAUGGACGAGUCCGUUUGGAGACCAUAUUGAGACGGUCUGGUCAAACGAGACCGCAACGCAGCACUGUUAGCCUUAAAGACAGAGUGCGAGAGACAGUUACA